AGCUUCAGCCACAAGUGGGAUGCUGUGUGGCGGCGCCUUGAAUGUGGGACAUCGUGAUCGUCACCUAACAGGAACUGGGCUUGGGUUGCUCAAGUUUGCGACAUAACUCAGAACACUGCAAUUAUUCACACCUCCCAGACUGUCAAAACACCUCCAACAAAGCCGAACAUAGUCAUAAAUAUGACAGAAUUAUCUUUCGCCAAGUCGUUCCUAACGGCUUUGGACAACCGUCCCGUGAAGUUGUCUCCCGACCAUGUCGAGGAUCCCAAGACCUACGCGGCGCGCGGCGCUUACAUACUUCCCAAGAUGCCAAAGCCCAUGAGCAAACGCAAGUCCGCUGCCGUUGCCCCAGGCCAGGAACGUAGCCUCACCGUUGUCGUCAAAUCACUACGCAACCCACCACUCGACGUCAAGCUCUCAGCUCUGACCUUGAACACCUCUGUAUUAGACAUUAAGACUGCCGUAUCUGAGGACACAGGAAUACCGGUGGAGAAGAUGAAGUUACUACACAAGAAGAAACCGAUUGCAGACAGCAAAGUGCUCAAAGACGUAGCUGGCGAAGCAGAAACAACUGUCGAGUUCUCGGUUAUGGUUAUGGGUGGAGCCUCAGUUAUUAAGACUCCGCCAACACCAGCACAAGCAGAGGUCGCGCAAGGACAAAGUGGCGGAGAGGUUCUAGAGACCAAGGAGUUCUGGAGUGACCUGAAAGGAUUCCUACUGCAGCGAAUACGUGACGAGAAAAUGGCCGAGGAGUUGGCAGACACAUUUCAAACUGCAUGGAAGACAAAGGCUUGACCUAUGGAACAGCUUCACCUGAAUGAAUAGAUAUCCAUUGUUGAUAGCAGAAGCAUUCAGUUUCUAGGUACUUAAUAGUAUG